AAUUGACCACUCAAAAAGAGAAUUAUUCCGAAUUAGCAAGUGAACAAAAUCUAACCAAAAACCAGUUAGAAAGAACCAGUAUUUCUCUCACCCAAACUCAAACCAAACUAAAUAAUUGCCAAGAAAGAUUUUCGCUACUAGAAAGCAAAAAGAACGAAUUGGAUGAAAAACUAACUACUCAAAACCAAGAAUUAAAAGAACUAAAUUAUUCUUUGGAAACAAUUUAUUUACUAUCCGAGAUUCCUCCCACUCCCCAAAAUAAUCCGGGUGAAAAUACCCAAGGAGAAAGAGAACUUUUGCGAAGGUUAGCCAAUCUAGGUAUUGGUUCUGAUGAUUGA